UGCCGGCAUCUUGGAAACGCGUCCCCGUCCCGUGGUCGCACCAUGUAGACAUGGCUAGUGGCAGCGAGGGAACCAUUAUUGCGUGAUUGCGAGUUGCAUGCGAUAGGAAAACUCUACAGCCCAGCCAGCCCGGCCGCCUUCUCCAGCACGGCCUUGGCAAUGACGCGGAAUCGAGACAUGGCUAUCUCCGCGCUGCAUGCUCCAUCUCCGCAACACUCUCCGCACCAUGAAAGGCCCCUACCCCGAGAUCCAAGGCGGCGGCUCUCUGAUUCUCGCAUGGCAGAUUCGCAAUAAGCGCGUCCUGGUAGUCGGCGGCGGCGAAGUCGCCGCUGGUCGCAUAGUCAACGUGCUCAAUGCCGACGCCAAAAUCACCGUCGUCUCUCCGCGGGACGGCCUCAACGAAGAAGUCGCCUACCGGAUAGAACAGGGCCAGGUCGACUAUGUCGAUCGCAAGUUUGAACCCCAAGACCUCGAUGGCGUUGACAUGGUCCUGACGGCCGUCGACGAUCCGGAGGCCUCGUCGCAGAUCUACAAGCUAUGCAAGGAGAGGCGGAUAGCAGCCAACAUUGCCGACGUCCCGCCCGAGUGCGACUUCUACUUUGGCAGCGUGCAUCGCGAUGGGCCAUUGCAGAUCAUGGUCAGCACAAACGGCAAUGGUCCCAAGCUGGCCAACAUCGUCAGGAGGCAGAUAGCAGCUGGGCUACCAUACAACAUCGGCAACGCCGUGCAAAGAGUCGGCAUGCUACGGAGGAAGCUGCGAAAGGUCGCUCCGAACAUCGAGGAGGGCCCAAAGCGGAUGCAAUGGAUGUCCAAGGUGUGCGAACAAUACUCGCUCGACGACCUCUGCUCCAUGACCGAGGAGGACAUGGAAAUGCUCCUGGGCUUCUACAGACCCGGAACCGUGCCGACGCUCGAAGAAGUACGGCUGCAGGAAGCCGAUGGAGCGUACGACGGGCCUUUCUUGAUCUGAUUGCAUAAUGGAUUCGGCGUUGGGUAGACAGCAUACAGUAGGUGUGAGCGGGAGUUGCGGCGACGCUAUCAAAUUCCUGUAUAUCAAUUGUACACUUUCCUACGCUCUCACCUACCUCUUAGAUGUCUACGUUGCCUGGGUAUCUCGUCAAUUUCGCUUUUUGUACUAAUGCAGGCGGCAGUGCACCUUUUCAGUUUCUGGCUUGUAAAAGAUGCUCCGGUGG